AAGAACUCAACGUUACGUUGUUAGCCAUUGACCACAGUCACGAUUUCAGUAUAGUGUAAGUUUUUAGUUUUGUUGUGAACAUUUACAGUUAACAGGGUCGGUAAAAUUAAAGAACUUGCGUUUUUUAAAACAGUGACAGUUUUUGCGUUAUUAAUGAUCGUUUUCAUUGUUUGAUCUAGUUUUUUACCGGGCGGUGAGCAGCAAUGGACAGCGAAAUGUCUGAUUUGGAUCAGACUCCUGGAAAUAACAGCAUUGCAGAUGGAGAGAAUGCCCCUCUGUACUGCAUUUGUCGAAAACCAGACAUAAACUGCUUCAUGAUUGGUUGUGAUAAAUGCAAUGAGUGGUUCCAUGGUCACUGCAUAAAUGUGACAGAGAAGAUGGCCAAAGCCAUCAGGGAGUGGUACUGCCAUCAAUGUCAAGAAAUCGACCCCUCUCUUGAGAUAAGGUAUCGAAAAAAGAGCCGUGAUAAAGAGGUUGAGAGGUCAGAAAGAUCAGACAGUUUUGACAAACGAUCAACCACUCCGGAGUAUAAGAUCGAUAGGCGCCGUGGGUCUAAAGUGAAGCGUUCUGCUCGUAUGUGUGGAGAAUGUGAACCCUGUACCAGGACAGAGGAUUGUGGACAUUGUGACUUUUGUAAAGACAUGAAGAAAUUUGGCGGCCCAAACAAGAUUCGUCAAAAAUGUCGUUUACGGCAAUGUGUUGUCCGUGCUCGAAAAAUGCUGCGUGUUCGCGAUGAGGAGUUUUCUCUCCGUGAGAGGAAGGACAACAUAAUGCACAGACGAUACUCUGAUGAUUACGAUGAGAAUGAUAUGGAGCCAUAUGAGCACUACAAGUGGGGCAGCAAUGAUGAAGAUGAGCCGAUUUACAGUCCUGUCCGACGCAAAAAAGCUAUAAAAGUCAAGCACGUCAAACGGAGAGACAAGAAAUUUGACAAAAAGAAAGAGUCCCGUCGGCACAAGCAAAAACAGAAGCACAGAGAUCGCUUGAGACACAGUGAGCGGGGAGAUGGCAGAGACACAGGUGACUUUCGGCAAUGCCUGGGGCCAAACUGCAUAGAAUCGGCACGUCCACACUCCAAAUACUGUUCUGAGGACUGCGGCAUGAAGCUGGCAGCCAACCGGAUCUAUGAGAUCCUUCCCCAGCGUAUCCAGCAGUGGCAGCAGAGCCCUUGUAUAGCCGAAGAACAAGGCAAAAAACAGCUGGAGCGCAUUCGCAGAGAGCAGGAUGCUGCCCGUAUGCGCCUAGAAGAAAUGGAGCGAAGGUUCCAUGAAUUGGAGCGCAUCAUUGCCAAGGCCAAACAGCAGGUGGUGCAACAGGAUGAGGAUGUUAAUGAAACAGACAAUGAAGAUACAGACCUUCAGAUCUUCUGCGUGUCCUGCAGUCACCCCAUCAACCCAAAGGUGGCACUAAGGCACAUGGAAAGAUGUUAUACCAAGUAUGAAAGCCAGACAUCUUUUGGUUCCAUUUUCCCAACCAGAAUAGAAGGAGCAACAAGGCUUUUCUGUGACGUAUACAAUGCACAGAGCAAAACAUACUGCAAGAGACUUCAAGUCCUAUGCCCGGAGCAUUCUAGAGACCCUAAGGUCCCUGCGGAUGAGGUGUGUGGAUGUCCACUAGUGCGUAACGUUUUUGACCCGACUGGAGAGUACUGCAGGGUCUCGAAACGCAAAUGCAACAAACAUUACAGCUGGGAGAAACUCAGGAGGGCCGAGGUGGAUCUGGAGCGUGUCCGAGUGUGGUACAAGCUGGAUGAGUUGUUUGAGCAAGAGCGCAAUGUGAGGACAGCUAUGACCAACAGAGCAGGACUACUCGCCCUAAUGCUUCAUCAGACCAUCCAGCACGAUCCACUGACCACUGACCUGCGCAGCAAUAAAGACAGAUAGUCAUCUGAACAAUCUGAGCUCACAUUUUGUCUAUAUUUGUAUACUUUUCAUAAUGUAUAUUUGUCAUUGUUUGGACUGGAUCAUUCAUAUUAAACAUGUUUUUUCAUGUA